AUGCUUUCUGAAACAGGCCCCAAGAGAGAGGAGCUCCCACAGUCCCCUGACUCAAGUGAACCUUCAGGAACUCCUGCUGCAAAGUGUCAACGUAAACUCAAGUCUAACUUGCAGAAGAAGUUCCAGUGUGUAUUUGAGGGGAUUGCUAAAGCAGGAAACCCAACCCUUCUGAAUCAGAUCUACACACCGCUCUACAUCACAGAGGGAGGGACUGCAGAGGUCAAUGAUGAACAUGAGGUCAGACAGAUUGAAACAGCAUCCAGGAAACCAGACAGACCAGAAACAACAAUCAGACAAGAAGACAUCUUUAAAGCCUCACCUGGAAGAGAUGAACCAAUCAGAACAGUGAUGACAAAGGGAGUGGCUGGCAUUGGGAAAACAGUCUUAACACAGAAGUUCACUCUGGACUGGGCUGAAGACAAAGCCAACCAGGACAUACACUUCACAUUUCCAUUCACUUUCAGAGCGCUGAAUGUGCUGAAAGAGAAAAAGUACAGCUUGGUGGAACUUGUUCAUCACUUCUUUGCUGAAACCAAAGAAGCAGGAAUCUGCAGGUUUGAAGAGUUCCAGGUUGUGUUCAUCUUUGACGGUCUGGAUGAGUGUCGACUUCCUCUGGACUUCCACAACACUGAGAUCCUGACUGAUGUUACAGAGUCCACCUCAGUGGAUGUGCUGCUGACAAACCUCAUCAGGGGGAAACUGCUUCCCUCUGCUCGCCUCUGGAUAACCACACGACCUGCAGCAGCCAAUCAGAUCCCUCCUGAGUGUGUCGGCAUGGUGACAGAGGUCAGAGGGUUCACUGACCCACAGAAGGAGGAGUACUUCAGGAAGAGAUUCAGAGAUGAGGAGCAGGCCAGAACCAUCAUCUCCCACAUCAAGACAUCACGAAGCCUCCACAUCAUGUGCCACAUCCCAGUCUUCUGCUGGAUCACUGCUACAGUUCUGGAGGAUGUGUUGAAAAGCAGAGAGAGAGGAGAGCUGCCCAAGACCCUGACUGAGAUGUACAUCCACUUCCUGGUGGUUCAGGCCAAACUGAAGAACGUCAAGUAUGAUGGAGGAGCUGAGAUAGAUCCACACUGGAGUCCAGAGAGCAGGAAGAUGAUUGAGUCUCUGGGAAAACUGGCUUUUGAGCAGCUGCAGAAAGGCAACCUGAUCUUCUAUGAAUCAGACCUGACAGAGUGUGGCAUUGAUAUCAGAGCAGCCUCAGUGUGCUCAGGUGUGUUCACACAGGUCUUUAAAGAGGAGAGAGGGCUGUACCAGGACAAGGUGUUCUGCUUCGUCCAUCUGAGUGUUCAGGAGUUUCUGGCUGCUCUUCAUGUCCAUCUGACAUUCAUCAAGUCUGGAGUCAAUCUGCUGGCAGAAGAACAAACAACAUCCCAGAAGUCUGAAACUAAAGAAGAAUCUGCAGAGACAUGUUUCUACCAGAGUGCUGUGGACGAGGCCUUAAAGAGUCCAAAUGGACACCUGGACUUGUUCCUCCGCUUCCUCCUGGGUCUUUCACUGCAGACCAAUCAGACUCUCCUACGAGGUCUGCUGACAAAGACAGGAAGUAGCUCACAAGCAAAUCAGAAAACAGUUGAGUACAUCAAGAAGAAGCUCAGUCAGAAUGUGUCUGCAGAGAGAAGCAUCAAUCUGUUCCACUGUCUGAAUGAACUGAAUGAUCGUUCUCUAGUGGAGGAGAUCCAACAGUACCUGAGAUCAGGAAGUCUCUCCGCAGAUAAACUGUCUCCUGCUCAGUGGUCAGCUCUGGUCUUCAUCUUACUGUCAUCAGAAAAAGAUCUGGAUGUGUUUGACCUGAAGAAAUAUUCUGCUUCAGAGGAGGCUCUUAUGAGGCUGCUGCCAGUGGUCAAAGCCUCCAAAAAAGCUCUCCUGUCAGGAUGUCUGAUCACAGAGGAAGGCUGUGCUUCUCUGGCCUCAGCUCUGCAGGACAACCCCUCCCAUCUGAGAGAGCUGGACCUGAGCUACAAUCAUCCAGGAGACUCAGGAAAGAGGAUCCUGUCUGCUGGACUGGAGGAUCCACACUGGAGACUGGACACUCUCAGACUUGCCUGCUGCAGUUUGACAGAGGACAGCUGUGCAUCUUUGGCCUCAUCUCUGAGGUUAAAGCCCUCCCAUCUGAAAGAGUUGGACCUAUGGAAAAACAAUCUGAAGGAUUCAGGGGUGAAACUGCUGUCUGUUGGAUUACAUAGUCCACACUGUAUCCUGGAGACUCUGAGACUGAGGUACUGCAGUUUGUCAGAGUUCAGCUGUGCUUCUCUGGCCUCAGCCCUGAAGUCCAACUCCUCCCAUCUGAGAGAGCUGGAUCUGGGUGAAAACAAGCUGCAGGAUUCAGGAGUGAAUCUGCUUUCUACUGGACUAGAGAGUCCACACUGCAGACUGGAGACUUUGAGACUUGAUUGCUGUGAACUGACAGAGAUGAGCUGUGCCUCUCUGGUCCCAGCUCUGAAGCGCAACCCCUCCCAUCUGAGAGAGCUAGAUCUGAGUAACAACAAGCUGCAGGAUUCAGGAGUGAAACUGCUGUCUCUUGGACUGGAGAGUCCAAACUGUAAACUGGAGAAUCUGAGAUUGACUCACUGCCUGGUCACAGAUGAGGGAUGUGCCUAUUUGGCCUCAGCUUUGAAGUCCAACCCAUUGCAUCUGAUAGAGCUCGAUCUGAGAUUCAACUACAGACUGCAGGACUCUGAAGUGAGGCUGCUGUUUUCUGAACUGAAGAGUCCAUACUGCAGAUUGAAAACUCUGAGAUUGCUGCCAUUGGAUGGGAACAGAGGGCAGAUGGUGAGCACCUGUCCGUCACCCACCUGCCCCGCCCCCUCCACAGCACCUGUCCGUCACCCACCUGCCCCGCCCCCUCCACAGCACCUGUCCGUCACCCACCUGCCCCGCCCACCUCCACAGCACCUGUCCGUCACCCACCUGCCCCGCCCACCUCCACAGCACCUGUCCGUCACCCACCUGCCCCGCCCACCUCCACAGCACCUGUCCGUCACCCACCUGCCCCACCCACCUCCACAGCAGCUGUCCGUCACCCACCUGCCCCGCCCACCUCCAGAGCAGCUGUCCAAUCACAGGCCUGCAGGGAGUUCCGGCCAAUCACACUCCAGCCUGCUCCUCCUGACAGGAAGAGGAGGAGCCAGGCGAGGAGGAGGAGGAGCCAAACGAGGAGGAGGCGGCUGGCGGCAGGAAGAGGAGGAGAACUGUCCGCUGUCAGGAGGAGAGGAGAAGGAGCGCAGCCUCCUAACCUCCGGACGCCUCGGCUCCGUCAGAGGGCCGAUGGGUUCAGACCUCCCCCUGGUCAUCCGUCCAAACUCCUCCGCGGGUCCGACCGCCUCCUCGCUGCAGGACAUCCUGCGUCCCGUCCGUCUCUGCAGCAGCUCCCGCCUCUUCCUGUUGGACAGAGGAAGCAGCUGGACGUACAGAACGCCGCAGGGCUCCGACCGUCGCCGUGGCGCCCGUCGGUCCGUGUCCUGCUGCUUCCUGUCCGUCUGUCCUCCUGCUCUGUCCUCCGCCAUCAUCCAUGAGGCUGACUUCCUCCUCUCUUUGCCUCUGCCCGUCUCUGUCCUCCUCCGGUCCCUCCUGUCUUCCUCCACGUUGGACUCAGACCUCCAGCGCUCUUUCUUCCUGCCUCGCUCGGUCUUCUUCUCCUCCAUCUUUUCGUCUUCCUCCGUCGGUCCGAACGGUUCAGACUUUCUCCUCAGCGCCGUCGACCAAUCAGGAGAGCAGAAACCUCCUGACUGCUGGAGGCUGUGGGCCAAUCAGAAGCAGAGCUGCUGGAGGCUGUGGGCCAAUCAGAAGCUCAGCUGCAGCUUCUCUUACUUGGGUGGUGAGUCCGGCUGGGCAGCUGCAGUCGGAAAGAUGUUUUUUGAGGAGCUAGGACUCAUCUUGGGAGUGGAGCGGGGACUGGAGGUCCUGGUCGGAGCGGAGCGGGGACUGGAGGUCCUGGUUGGAGCGGAGCGGGGACUGGAGGUCCUGGUCGGAGCGGAGCGGGGACUGGAGGUCCUGGCCCGAGCGCAGCGGGGACUGGAGGUCCGGCUGAACGGAGCCCGAUGGAAGAGGUUCCUGGUGGGGCUGGCAGAGUGGCAGACAGUCUCCCCCUGCAGGAAAGGCAUGGCGGACACAGAGAGCUCCUGCAGACACAAACAGAGGAAACGUUCAGAGGUUGGAAAUGAAACAGUGAUGGGUGCGACCCGAACAUCAGUCAGAUCACUGGCCGUUAACCCCUUCAGUCCCAGCCAGAGAGACAACAUGACAGAGACCUCAGACCUCAUCAAGCUUCUGGAGGAUUUAAGAAAGGAUGACUUUGACAACUUCAAAUGGUACCUGAAGAAUGAAAAGUUGGGCGACAUCGAACCCAUCAAAGAGGGCAAGCUGGAGGACGCAAAGAUGCGAAACGUUGUGGAUCUGAUGGUGCAGAAAUAUGAACUAGCUGGAGCUGUGGAGGUGAUGAAGAGUGUUUUAAAGAAGAUCAGCAGGAAUGAUCUGGUCAAGAAGUUGCCAAACAUCAGCUCAGGAUCAGCAGGUCCUGGUGCUGGUCCAGCAGUGACCCCAAGUGUCUCAGCAGAUGAAAAGCUGAAGUCUGUUCGGCUACAGCUCAUUGCAAGAGUCACUGAACCUAAUCUAAACAUGCUGCUGGGUAAACUCCUGGAGCUAGAGAUCAUUAAUGAUGGUGAAAUGGAGUUUGCUGAAAACCCAAACAGAGCAAAGAAAGCAGGAGCGUUGAUCGACAUGAGCAUGAACCAGCCGAUGUCUGUAGGAUCAUGUGACCAGAGCAUGAACCAGCUGAUGUCUGUAGGAUCAUGUGACCAGAGCAUGAACCAGCUGAUGUCUGUAGGAUCAUGUGACCAGAGCAUGAACCAGCUGAUGUCUGUAGGAUCAUGUGACCAGAGCAUGAACCAGCUGAUGUCUGUAGGAUCAUGUGACCACAGCAUGAACCAGCUGAUGUCUGUAGGAUCAUGUGACCAGAGCAUGAACCAGCUGAUGUCUGUAGGAUCAUGUGACCAGAGCAUGAACCAGCCGAUGUCUGUAGGAUCAUGUGACCAGAGCAUGAACCAGCUGAUGUCUCUCGACCAGAAGGUGGCGCUGUUGGAAGCUAACAGAACCGAGGUCAAAGGUCACAGGUCCUUCACUUACCUUCAGCCAGAGGUCAAGAUGUCGCAGAGGGACCUGCUCAACAUUGUGGAUGAUAUAAAAGAUGAAGACUUUAAAAAGUUUAAGUGGCACCUGAAGUAUAUAAACGUGGGUGGCAUGUCACCCAUCACAGCGACCCAGCUGGAGAAUGCAAAGAGGUGGGACUUGGUGGAUCUGCUGGUGCAGAAAUAUGAACUAGCUGGAGCUGUGAAGGUGAUGAAGAGUGUUUUACAGAAGAUCUGUAAGAGUGAUCUGGUGAAGAAGUUGUCAAACAUCAGCUCAGGAUCAGCAGGUCAGUCACAGGAAGACAAACAUGACAUCACAUCCAGACAUCAGAUCAGUGAGGAGAAACUGUCCACACAACUUUCUGGCUGUGAACUCUCAGAGACUCACUGUGAAGUUUUGGCCUCAGUUCUGAAGUCCAACUCCUCCCAUCUGACAGAUCUGGACCUAAGUAGAAACAGCCUGUCUGAUUCAUCAGUGAAGUCGCUGUCUGCUGGACUGGAGAGUCCACACUGUACACUGGAGACUCUGAGAUUGUGGAGCUGCAGUCUGUCAGAGAUCAGCUGUGAUUAUCUGGUCUCAGCUCUGAAGUCCAACUCCUCCCAUCUGAGAGAGCUGAAUCUGAGUAAAAACAAGCUGCAGGAUUCAGGAGUGAAGCGUUUGUCUGCUGGACUGGAGAGUCCAGACUGUAAACUCGAGACUCUGCUAUUGUGGGACUGCAGUUUGUCAAAAUUCAGCUGUGCUUAUCUGGCCUUAGCGCUGAAGUCCAACCCCUCCCAUCUGAGAGAGCUGGAUCUGAGUGAAAACAACCUGCAGGAUUCAGGAGUGAAGCUGCUGUGUGAUUCCCUGAAUAGUCCAGACUGUAAACUGGAGACUCUGAGAUUGAGUCGAUGUGGUUUGUCAGAGAUCAGCUGUGCUUCUCUGGUCUCAGCUCUGAAGCGCAAUUCCUCCCAUCUGAGAGAGCUGGAUCUGAGCUACAACAAGCUGCAGGAUUCAGAAGUGAAGCAGCUGUCCGAUUUUGUGUCAAACCCACUCUGUGAACUGAAGACUCUGAGAUUAAGUGGGUGCAGUUUGUCGGAGGUCAGCUGUGCGUCUCUGGUCCCAGCUCUGAAGUCCAACUCCUCCCAUCUGAGAGAGCUGGAUCUGAAUGAAAACAACAAGCUGCAGGAUUCAGGAGUGAAGCAGCUGUGUGGUUUUCUGGAGAGCCCAGACUGUAAACUGGACAGUCUGGGAUUGAAGGACUGCAGUUUGUCAAAGAUCAGCUGUGAUUAUCUGGCCUCAGCUCUGAAGUGCAACCCCUCCCAUCUGAGAGAGCUGGAUCUGAGUGAAAACAAGCUGCGGGUAUCAGGAGUUAAGCCACUGCGGGAUUUUCUGGAUAGUCCAGACUGUAGACUGGAGACUCUGAGACUCUCUGAUUCUGAUGGUUCACCUAUCACAUGGACUGGAAAGCAGAAGAUGGUUGGUUGUGUGGAGGAAAAGAACAAAUCAGAGUCUCCAGCACCCACCUGUGAGCCCAAACAUCCUCCUCCAGACAUCAGUGAUGAAGCUGGACCCUCACACAUAAAGGAGGAGAACACACCAAACAGAGCUUCACCUGAUGGACAUGAAGGAGAUGGCUCUAAUCUCUCAUCACAUCCGUCCACAUCCAACACAACCCUCAAUGUGUCUGAGGACAGCAGAGAUGAUCCAGAGAGGAUGAAGCAGCAGGUUGUGUGCAGAGAUAAUCUGACUGGAACAACUCACUGGCAGGGCUUCACACCCAACAUGCUGACUGAGUCUGCAAACAUUUCAUACAGGUUCAGCUGUCCUGGUUCAGGUGUGUUCAGGUGUACUUUGACUGGACUCAUGUUUGCUAUGAGUAAGAAGGCGGAGCUACAGUACUGGACUGUCCAAUGGGAUGAGAGUGUCCUACAACCAGCUGGUAAAACAGCUGCAGGGCCGCUGUUCAACAUCCAGUCCAGUCCUGAAGGUGCUGUCAGUCAGCUCCACCUGCCACACUGUGAAACCAUGGAUGCUCCGCUCCCUGAAGGUCUGCUGUCUGUCGUCCACAUCACUGAUGAUGGAAUGAGCUUCCUGAAGCCGCUGCACAUUACAGACACUCAUGUGGUUGUGAACGUCCCUCACCUCUCUGCCUUUGGCCUGGUCUGGGAUCUGGUUAAGAAGUUAAUUAACACCAGAAGACCAAUCAGUGGCCAGGUUCUGCUGUUCCUCAGACCUCCAUACAGACAGCAACGAAUCCUGGAUGUGUUUCUGCUGCAGGUCAACGUUCCUUUGACUGAGGUUGCUGCCCAACAAGGAGACGCAGAGAACAUCAGGAUCUCUUCUGACUGUGAGCUCAGCAUUGGUCAAAGUUACAGUGUUCACUGUGAACCUGAAGCCUCCAUCAUCCAGCCCGAGCGUAUAUCAUUUCGCACAAAGCUUGGACCAAACUUCUUCCCAACAUUUGAGGUUUUCAUCACUACAAACCAAGAGCAAGUGACUUUGAUGGUCCAAGACCAAGAGAGGACAGAGGUGUGGAAACGUGUCUUGUGCCUGACAGGUCCAAGGGAAAAUCUCCAGAGUCUCUCAGCGGGGGGAGUGAUCCCAGCGGAGGAGAGGCUGCGAUUGGUUCGGAGCCAGUUUAUCAGUGGAGUGACUGAAACUAUUCUAGACCAGCUUCUGGAUAAACUUCUCGAGUGUCAAGUUAUGAGUUACGAUGAAAUGCAGUCAGCCAGAACAAAAAGAGGAGCAAACAAAGCUCGAGACGUGAUCGACUCGGUGCAGAGAAAAGGAAGGGAAGCCAGCUCACGUCUCAUCAUGGCCCUCUGUGAGGUGGAUCCAUACCUGUCCAGACAACUCAACUUCACCUCAUGAUCAACCUGUUAACAGCAUCAGCAUCGUUACUGUCGUCUGUAAAUAAGAUUUGAUGCUUACGGCUGUUUUUUAUAAGUGGACUUUCACUCAGAUUUCACUCAAACAAUACUUGGACUACAGGAGGAGGGAUUCCAAGCAGAGAAGUUGUGUCUGCAAAAAUGAACUAAAACAGAUGCUGUUGCUGUUAAAUGAGACCAAACGUACUUUUCUGUGAGUGCAGCCGCUGGUCUUAACCAAACACUGUUGGUAAAAGUGCAGUCAGACCCUUUUCUGAAUAAAUGUAAAAGUCUUAACUGAACAGUUUGCUGUCGUUCUCCAACAAUGAGAACCGUUGCUUCUCCACAUCGUGUAUUUACCUCACAGUGACAUGUAGAGUUAACUAAUCAGCUGUUCAUCACUCCAUUUAAAUGGAAAAAAAAGUCAAAUCUCUCACCUCUUUGCUUCAGACGUGCCUUACAGGAAGGGAAAUUCCUGUUUUCCACAAGUUCUUGCACCCAAAUAUACAUUUAGGUUGAAUGUUUGCAGUAUUUUGUUACAUAUGGACCUAAUGUCCCAGGUGGAGCCUUAAACCUCAGUCUCAGUAAACAUGGUUCAUGUUAAGCUCACAGAAAUCUUAUCAACUAUUGCCUAAAAUGGAUAUCAGACAGUUUUUGGUUGGUGGAUUAAAGAAACCAAUAAAUCCAUACAACUAGAGAAAUCACAUAAUGUUGAGAAACGAGUUCAUGAAUCCUUUCAUGAUCCACAGCAGCUCAACCAGACUGUAAACAUUCAAAUUAGUUGUUUUUUUUACGCUACAAUUAAACGGUUUUCCUCUAUCUUACAUGCAUUGCUUCAUAGUUCUGUACAUAUGCUUCUACAUGACAUGGUAAAUUGGAAAAAGCUAAAUAAAAAUGUUUCUU